ACAUCACUGUUUGUCCGAAACAAUCUCGGCAGAGCCGCAGGCUAUCCGACGCCCUCGCACUAAAGCACGAAAAAAUAAAACAAUAAAAUGCGAACAUCCUCAAGUCCAGUAAGUCCAAAGAGAGACAGACAGCAGCAGCAGCACAGUGAGAGUGGAGGAGGGAGGCGGUGUAUGCAGUCCAGCCUCACCAGCGCUGCUGUGACGCUACAGCCGGCCGUGGCUCUCUAUCCGGUGCACCCACCUCGCUUUGCACCAUGCAGGAGGUCUUACGAUAAAGAAACCUGUUACUCUCUGCACACGAGAUGGCAGGCGGCAGCACACAGUCCUCCUCCUCCUCCUCCUCCUCCGCAGACUGAUUAGCGGGCGACUCCUGAGAGUCUCGGAUUUCUUUUUUGUGGGGGUCUUUAAUGAGGAUAUUGCCGCAAUGGUGAAGGACAAGGCCGAAAACAGGACGCUCCAGUACCAGCAAACUUUGAUGUAUGGGCGGUACACCCAGGAGCUGGGUGUGUUUGCCAAGGAGGAGGCGGCGCGCCUACGUGAUGGAGGGGUGCGGGACAGCGGUGGAAUGAGGAGGAACGCCAGCGUUCGUAGUCGUGCUGAUCUUCUGGAAUAUGAGAAGGACCCCUGUGCAAAGUGCCAGUUGUGUGCAUCUCGCUGCCAGAAGUUCUUGAUCUCACGGGUGGGGGAGGACUGGAUCUUCCUCAUUCUGCUGGGGCUACUCAUGGCUCUGGUCAGCUGGGUGAUGGACUAUGCCAUCGCCUUCUGCCAAGAAGCACAGAAGUGGAUGUACGGUGGACUGGACAGUAACUUGCUUCUGCAGUACAUUGCCUGGAUCAGCUACCCUGUAGUCCUCAUUACUUUCUCUGCAGGAUUCACACAGAUACUUGCACCUCAGGCUGUGGGUUCAGGUAUUCCAGAGAUGAAGACCAUACUCAGGGGGGUGGUCCUGAAGGAGUAUCUGACUUUUAAGACCUUUGUUGCCAAAGUGAUUGGUCUGACCUGCGCGCUGGGUAGUGGAAUGCCUCUGGGGAAGGAGGGACCCUUCGUUCAUGUUGCCAGUCUGUGCGCCGCUCUCCUGAGCAAAUUUAUGGCUGCCGUUUUUGGUGGGAUUUACAUGAAUGAGUUGAGGAACACGGAGAUGCUGUCGGCUGCCUGUGCAGUGGGUGUGGGCUGCUGCUUUGCUGCCCCUAUUGGAGGGGUGCUGUUCAGUAUUGAGGUCACGUCAACAUUUUUUGCUGUGAGGAACUACUGGAGGGGCUUCUUCGCUGCCACCUUCAGUGCCUUCAUAUUCAGAGUGCUUGCUGUCUGGAAUCAGGAGGAAGAGACCAUCACUGCUCUCUUUAAGACCCGUUUCCGUCUGGACUUCCCGUUUGACCUUCAGGAGCUGCCAGCCUUUGCCAUACUGGGGAUUGCCUGUGGUUUUGGGGGAGCUCUGUUUGUCUACCUGAACCGGCUGAUAGUCGAGUGCAUGAGGAAGCAGAAGACAAUUAACAAGUUCUUGCUGAGGAAGCGUCUGGUGUAUCCUGCGCUUGUCACCCUGCUGAUCUCCACACUCACGUUCCCUCCGGGCUUCGGACAGUUCAUGGCUGGACAGCUGACGCAGCACGAGUCUCUAGUGGCGCUGUUCGACAAUCGGACGUGGUGCCGUCAGGGUGUGGCGGAGGAGUUUGACUACAUCAGCCACCACCAUGCCUGGAAACACCCCCAGGUCAACGUCUUCAUCACGCUCAUCCUCUUCACUGUUAUGAAGUUCUGGAUGUCUGCUGUGGCCACCACCAUGCCCGUUCCAUGCGGAGCCUUCAUGCCUGUUUUUCUUAUUGGUGCAGCAUUUGGCAGACUUGUUGGUGAGAUCAUGGCAGCCAUGUUUCCUGAUGGUAUACAUGCUGCAGGCGGCGUGUAUCCCAUAGUUCCUGGUGGUUAUGCUGUAGUUGGUGCUGCUGCUCUGUCUGGAGCGGUCACCCACACUGUAUCCACAGCGGUCAUAGUGUUCGAGCUGACCGGUCAGAUCUCACACAUCCUGCCUGUGAUGAUCGCUGUGAUCCUGGCCAACGCCGUGGCCCAGGCGCUCCAACCAUCGCUGUACGACUCCAUCAUUCGCAUCAAGAAGCUCCCUUAUCUGCCUGAGCUGGGGAUGGGACAUCACGAGAAGUAUAAUAUCCGUGUGGAGGACAUCAUGGUCAGAGAUGUGCGCUACAUCACUCUUAACUCUUCCUAUCGGGAUCUGCAAGAGAUGUUAAUGACCGGUCAGCUCAAAACGCUGGCCCUGGUUGAAUCCAGAGACUCCAUGAUCCUGCUGGGCUCCAUAGAGCGAUUGCAGCUCCAGUCUCUCCUCUCGCUCCAGCUGUCACGCCAGCGGAGGCUGGAGUACCUCCGCCAGCUGGCGCAGGACAACGGCACGCACGAUCACCUGCCCAGUCUUACCAGUGACAGCACCCCCAGCUCUCCCUGCACCCACACCCACCUCAACUCCUCGACCAAUUCCAGUGCUCGCCAAGCGGUCCGCUUCUUGGUGAGCACUCAACAGAUCUCCACAGAGGAGUCUUCAUCCUUCAGCCCGGUGGUUUCCAAUGUUCAGCUUCCUCUGAAAUCCGCCCUGAAAACCGUGUCUGCCAUCAGCGACACAGAGACGCCAAACAGCUCUCAGACCCUUUCCUGUGCUGACCAAGACAAGGAGCUGCUGGAGAGCCCGGCUGGGCCGGCUCCUUCUGAAAAAAGAAAGCCCAAGCCCAAACGUGUGAGGAUCUCCAUGGCGGACUCUACCGAGGUGGAAGACUGCAUGACCCCCUCAGAGAUAACAGAGUGGGAGGAGCAGCAGCUUGACGAACCGGUGGAUUUCAAGAACUGUAAGAUUGAUCCGGCACCCUUCCAGCUGGUGGAGCAAACAUCUCUGCAUAAGACUCACACCAUCUUCUCUCUCCUUGGUCUGGACCACGCCUAUGUGACCAGCAUGGGACGACUGGUUGGAGUGGUUUCUCUCAAAGAGCUGCGUAAGGCCAUCGAAGGCUCAGUGACGGUGACUGGAGUGAAAGUGCGCCCUCCGCUGGCCAGUUUCCGUGACAGUGGGAACACCACAAAUGUAUCCGAGGUAACUGAACUUCACAAGCUGUGCAUCCGCCACAGGGGGCUCUCUUUGCCACGGGAACCCAACCCUCCAAAUGUGGAGGAUCAGCCAGAUCUCCAGUACAAAGAGAUCCCUGUCAACUUUUCGGACGAAACAAACGUGCAGUUCGAAGCCAGCCCCGGCGACAUCACAAAUCCGUCGUCAGAGCUGCCGCUCCAGGAAAGCCCCUCGUUCACAGAGGAUCAGUCUGAGUUUACUUUUGACUGCAGCCCCUCCCACACUGAGGAAUCGGAGCUGGCCUGUGACUAUGACCCCUCCAACCAAACUCCUGAGCCAGAUGAAAUGGAGCAAGAGGAGGCGCCUCCGUCUCUAAACAACAGCCAAUCAGAACCUGGGGGGGAGGGUAGCACAGGCCACACUGAGGAUCAGUCGGAAUGAUCAGAUCCACACUGUCGCCUCAUGAAUGUUGACGUUUCUUACGUUUGUUGGGGUCACACUCACCUCCAAGUCCAGCCUAGAUACUCGUGGUUCAAACGUGGUUGUGGUACGACAGUGAGCGAGUGAGAGUGAGCGAGAGCUUGAAGGAUAUAUGAGGGAUAAAGCUGGUUUUGUUUUAUGUUUUUAAUGCUGACACCUUAUUUCCUGGAAGGACCAAAAGUAGCACUUUCGGACCAAAAGAGUCAAUAUUUACAGGGUAUAAAAUUCAAAUGUCAGGAUUUUUGGUUUUAAAAUGUUGCUCUGCUCCACCUGCCGAAGACAGUGAAGUUGAAUCCACAAUUUGUAAACUGGUUUCUCCAUCCAUCCAGCCAUCCUUACCUGUGAAACCAAGAACACAGUACUCAGUAACAGAUUGGUGGCUGGUAAGCAUACCCUGAAUAAUCUCCGUUCCGAGCUAAUAAAGGCCAUAUUUUACAAAAAGAGCGUCAUAUUAUAUUAUAAAUAAUCUGUAACUAGCGUUUGACCCAAAGAGUCAUCAGAAACUUUGGGAAAGGGUCACUUUCACGUAGACAAUACACUAUUCUACACUUUUCUGGUGGUCUUUCUGCCACCAGAGGAGUCGCCCCCUGCUGGCCUCCAUAAAGAAUGCCAAGUCUGAUUGGAGGGCUCAGGGGGUUGGAAUGAGAGGGCUCUUUGUAGUCUUUUCUGCUGUGUUAACCUGGAUUUAUGGUCCAGUAGCAUUGGCUUUAAUUUUUCUCCCCUGCUUGUUCUUCUUUUCUUUAUUUUUGUUAAAUGCCAGCUGCUGGACAAAGAGUUUAUACACAUAUGUGCAUCCAGCGGUCCAUUAUCAUGAAAUCCAGCUGUCAGCUUGCAGCUGGUUGUAGUUGGAGAUGAUGAGUUUGACCUCCUUAUCUUCCUCUCUUGCCUCUCUCUAUCUCCUCUUUCACUCCUCCAGUUCUUUUAAUCAGUGUUUCUCUUCUCCUCCUUUUUUACCACCUCCAUAAUCCAUCACGGCUUGGUGCCUCAUCUUUGAAGCUCACUUCUAGAGCAUCACAAGUGUUUAUCUGGGGUUGUCUACUCCUUCUCAGCUCCUUGUCUAAUUGAUUGUGGUCAAGGGUCUAAGCAAGAGCUUUACUGAGUCUGUACUUUACAUUUUUUCUUUUUCUUUUUUGUGCUUUAAAAGAGCUCAACUUUUUAUUUGAGCUCUUCCCUGAGUCUUCUCACUUGCUGCUUUUGCCCAUCUUCCACAAGGCCAGUCUGCUCCUUUUGAGAUCUGUUCCCCUCCUUGAGACACUUUAUCUCUAUGAUGGCAGAGCAGAGGCCAUCUCUCAGUCCCUGCACAGCUGAGUUUUGAGGGGAGUUGGUCAGUGUGCUAUUUCACACUGAAGCUGCUCUCUUUAAACUGCAUUAGCCCAAAUCCCUUAAAGAUGGAAACAUACUUAUCAUUAAAGUCCAGGCACACAAACAUUAAAACAGCAAUAUGCCAAUAGGAUCCUUUUUCUCAUCUUAUUUUAAAGCACAAAGUACGACGAGGACGAGGAUGAAAUCACAGAAAAAAAGAGUUAGGAAGGUUUGUGGAAAAACAUGAAAAAAGGGGGCUGAGUCUCAUCUGUGACUGCUGCUUUUGCACUUCCUUUAGGGCUGAACAUUUCCUUUUUUUGUCUGUUUUGUUGGUUUGAGGCAACAAAACUUGGUUUAUGCUAAAACAAAACCCAAACAAACAAAGAAAACAACAACUAUGGAUUAAAAUACACAAUUUACAAAAAUAAAAUGAUGCUAAAGGGAUACCGAGUACUUUCACAUGUAAUGCCUCAGUGUCAGUGUGGGUGACUGUAGGGACGAGUAGGGACUGAGAAGGUUGUUCUCUAUGGACAGCACUCAUUACAGUAAAAGUCAUCAAGGAGCAAAACUGUACUUUAUUUUAUUUAUUUUAGCUAUGGCAUCACAUCUGUCACCCACCUGUCUGUCCAUCCACAAGUCGUAGGAAUCGCUCCUCCGACGACAGUAUUAGUCAGAUUUUGUUUCAUUUAGCUCCGUUUGAUCGAGAAUGCUACUGUUGCAGCAAGUUGGUUCAUGAAGUUUCUUCCUUCCUGGAUAUUCCACAAUCAACUGUAAGUGGUUUUAUUGAAAAGUGGAAGUGUUUAGCAACCACAGGAACUCAGUCCCAAAGUGUCAGAUUACAUAAAGUGACAGAGUGAGGUCAAAGAGCAAAGAGCUUCAAUCCUCCUCUGGCAUUAACAUUUUUCAAUUCAAUUUUAUUUAUAAAGCACCAAAUCACAACA